UCGAUUUUACUGAGGUAUAGCACAGGGUUACCAGCGAAAGCACGAGUGUGAUCCGUUACCGCCUCGAUGGCGCGCCGCCCAUCGUUAUGACCGCCAUGGAUGCGUCGCGUCACGCGCGAGUGCGCCUAGCGCCGCCGGACAGAUCGCAGCGAGGCGAUGGCGGCGGGGCGAGUGGUAAGGGCCGCGAGAGGGAGAGGGAGCGGGAGUCGCGCGAGUCGCGGCGGCGGCAGCUGCAGCGGUCGUUGGACGAGGCGCGGAAGCCAUUCGCGGCCGCCCUCGCCGUCGCCUGGAAAGGCAGCCGGUCCAUGGCAGGACACGUGGCAGUGGCAGUGGGCUUCCUGCGACACUGCCCUGCACAGUCAGCUGCUACGUGGCUUGCAGCGAUUGCUUGAGUUCGUGGCGGCCAACGAGAUGCCUCUGUGGAGUGACGUGGCGUGCCGGCGAGCAGUGAAGUCGCUCUUUGAGUCGGCCUGCGCCGCGCUGCUCUACCUGCUCGCGUCCGUCGCCCCGCCCGCGCUGCCCUGCAUGCGGCAUCAGGCGGUGCGCGCGUGCGCCACAUGUGCGUGGCGGGGGGCAGGUGGUGGCGCCACACAGCCACAGUCGCCAUGCUGCUCGCGCUGAUGGGCCACGUCGAUGCACCGUGUGAGUCGUGGGCGCUUCCCCGUGGAUUUAAGUUCAAAGGAGAGAGGGGGGGGGAAAGAGGGGAGGGGGGGUGGAUGGAUCGUGGCACAGUGGCCGAGAGCCGCCCCCAUGAGUUGAGUCAUGAGUGCUCUCACAGGGGCAGUGCGGAGCGAUCCAUGUGGCUUGGCUUGCCUUGGGGCGGGUACACAGUGGCACAGUGUCACAGUGGCACAGUGUCACAGUGGCACAGUGGCACAGUGUCACAGUGGCACAGUGGCACAGUGUCACAGUGGCACAGUGUCACAGUGGCACAGUGGCACAGUGUCACAGUGGCACAGUGGCACAGUGUCACAGGCGCCGCAUGCACUGCAUGCUGCUGUGGACCACCUCUUGGCUCGCUCUCCUCCUCCUCUCUACUUCGUUGCCCAUUUACCUGCCCUCCUUCGCCCGUCUUACCUUGCCUUUCGCAGCAACCAAGCCCCACCCCUUGCCCUUCCGCUUGCCCUUCCAUGCCCUCUUGUGCGCAUUGUCCGCGCACUCGCGCCUGUCCCAGCGGACGAGGCGGUGCUGGACGCCUGCACUGCCAUCGCUGCCUCCCUCCUCAUCCUCCCCCCUCAACCCCUCUCUCGCCCACUCACCCACGCCCCCAUACCCGCCCUCCCCUCCUCCCUCCUCGCACUCUCCCCCACCACGAUCCUCCUCCCUUCCCCUCCUUCCCCUCCCCUCUCCCUGCCGCUCGCGUCCGCCUGCCUCACCCCUGCCGUCCUCACCUCGCUGUGGCGCCUCUAUCUGUCGCCCGCCACGCCUGCGCCUGGGACCGCGGCAGGGAAGGACACAAGUGCCAACUGCUACCGCCAUGCUCACAGCGCCACUGCUUCUGCGCCUCUUCCUGCUGCUGCGGCUUCUCACACGGCCGCCCCACCUUCUGCAGGGAGGGAGGACACGGGGCAGUGCGAGUCAAGAGCACACUGCAGCACGGACAAAAGCAGAGCCCUGGAUUGCAAUACAGAAAACGCCACCAGCAGAAGCAGCAGCAGCAGCCCUGCCUGCCAGCACAGAGCGCCCUGGGAGGCGCGGAGGCCAGCAGCGGUGGCGGCAGUGCUGCACGUGCUGCAGCUGCUCGCGCACCGCUGGCCGCCCGCCCUCUCAGAGAUCACGAGAGAGCUCCUCCCGCUGCAGCAGUGGCCUUUGGCUGGCAGUCAAGAGAGUGCAGGUGGGGGGGGAGGAGCGACAGGAGGGCACACAGUGGAGAGGAUGUGGCGCAUGGCACAGGUGGUGGGCAUGGCAGCGGCGAGUGGCGGCCAUGCGGAUGAUGGUGCGGUGGCGGAAGCAGCAUUGAGCCUUCUCAACGUCAUGGCACAGGACCCCUCGGUGUGCCACAUGCUGCUGCGGCCGCCUCUUGACCUCCUGCCAGCUCUCGCCCGCCAUCUCACGCCCUCCCCAUCUUCCCGCUCCUCCUCAUUCUCCUCCCCCUCCUGCACCUCAUUCUCCUCCCCCUCUUCCCCCUCCUCCUCGUUCUCCUCCCCCUCCUGCACCUCAUCGCCUGUCCCGCGUGCCGCCAAGCCGCCCUCGCCCUCGUGCGAGCACUUGCGAGCCACCCGUCCUUCGCUGCUGCCUGCCGUCAUGCAUCUCCCUCCCCCACUGCUGCUGCCACUGCCACUACUGCGUCGCCCCUCAAACCCCUCCUCGCCUUCUCCCUGCGAGCAGCCCUCGCACGCCUCCCCCUCCCUUCCUGCCACUGCUCCCACCCUCCUUCGCUCCGCCUCAUCUCAUCUGCCUCUUUCCCUGCCAGCUCAGCGCGCGAUGACUCAGCAGCCAGCCAUGUGGCAGCAGCUGGCUGGCAGACUGCAGCAAGUGUCUUGUGCUGGCCGGGCACCCAUCAUGACCCGGCCGUGCUGUGGGCGGCACGCUUGUCUGCAUCUGCGUUGAUGCAUGCCCUGCUGGGCGGCGCGGUGGAUGGAGAGUCAGAAUGUGGAGAGGCGAGC